AUGAAGAAGUCGACCAGCCACGGACCCAUGGAUGAAGUUCCCGAAGAAUUCAGAGUGAAGUCAAAUGAUGUGACUGUCUACAAGGACAAACACAUUGGUGCGGGAAACUUUGCGGAUGUGUUCAAAGGUUUGUUCGGAUUCUAAGAUAGGUAAUAUAACUUUAGGGACUUAUCAUAAGAAAGGAAUCAAGAGCUCUGAAGUCGCGGUGAAGGUGAUAAGGACAGGUGCUGCCAUCACUCCCUUUGGAAAGGAGACAACUCCAGCUUGGCUACAAGAGAUUCGGAAUGAGGCCAUGGUUAUGACUCUGUUCGAUCAUGAGCAUCUUAUUCAGCUGUUUGGAUAUUCUGAUGUCGAAAUGGAUGCUGUAAAUUACUAAUCUGAUUUUAAGGCUUUUUAGACUUCUUUCCAACCUCCAUUCAUUGUUCUCGAAUACUGUCAAGGAGGGUCUCUGGAUGUUUAUUUACAGACAACCAAAAAUAUAUGUGUUGGUGGUAAGGUGACAUCGUUAAUAUGUAAUAAUAGUGGCCAAUUGCAGAAAGGGUGCAGUAUCUGAAGGAAGUGGCUUCUGGGAUGAAAUUUCUGGAGAAAGAGAAGAUCGUCCAUCGCGAUCUGGCCUCGAGGAACGUCCUCAUCAACAACUGCGGAGUCCUCAAGAUUUCUGAUUUUGGGUUAAGCAGAUCCCCCAACGUGAAAGAAGUGCCGGAUUCAACUCAUACACAAGUAAGAAACUUUAGUCAUUUGAAUAAUCAAUGAUUACACAGAUUCCAAUACGAUGGAUGGCUCCGGAGACAUUGAAAAGAAGCCCGAACUUUGACAACAAGUCUGAUAUGUGGGCGUUUGGAGUGUUUAUAUAUGAAAUCUUCACUGGAGGAAAGAAACCUUGGCCGAACAAGCCCGUCAAGUGGAUCGCCACUCAGAUCAGGAAGUAUCAGAUGCCCAAUCUUCCAUCAAACGUACCUCGAGCCAUCAGGGACAUCAUCGUUCAGAAGUGCUGGGUCAAGGCUGAGGAUCGGUGGACGUUUUCACAGGCAGGUGUAACAUUACGUCACAAAUAUGUUUUGUAAUCUUUUAGUUACAUUCGGUCUUAUGUCUACUACUAUGCUCCGUAUUUACAUCUUCGAAGGUCUCAAUGUUUGGAUAUUUGGAGAAGAAGGGUGUUAGUAUCACUUGUAAAGUUAGAGAGAAACAGGAACGAUGGGUCAGUGAUAUUGUGGCCAUAGAAUGGCUGAAUGACGAAAGAGAGCUGCCUAGAUAUGACACUAUUCCGUGUAGACCAGCCGAAGGAAAUUGUGGAAUUUCGAAGAAAUCAAAGUCUUCAAGAGACGGGAAACGGGAACAGGUAAGAAGAACAUGAGUUUUAGGGAUGCGAGGGGGUAUUUCAGCGAAUACAUCAAUCGAAGAAGGAUCUGACUAGUCGAGAAGUAACGAAGACCCCAGCCAUCAGUACGACUACUAGUCAAGGCAGCAGUGAGGAUAGAAACAAAGAAUCGGAUGACGGAAAGAAACGGAAGGUCAGAUCACUGCUUGUAUAAUACAAACUACUCUUACAUUUUGAUAUUUUGAUAUUAUUUUUUUUCCAGGCGCUCUCAGAGAACAAUCGCCGGUCUUCCAACAAUCGACAGGCUCGUUAG